GCACACACUAUGUUGCGGGGGAAAAUCUUGAAUCGCAGGACGCUGGCCGUCGCAUCGGGUGCAGCUGUCGCCACCGUCGGCGGGGGGUAUUAUUUUCUGAAUUCGGGGCCCGCUUACCCUGAUACGACGAGGGAGACAAGGAGGCCACCGCCGCCAUGGACCCCGCCCUCGCGGGAAACGAUGUUGAAUAGUCUCAAGGAGGGCGGCGAUGAGGGGAAGUUCGAUCUACUGAUUGUGGGAGGAGGGGCGACGGGCGCGGGAGUUGCGGUCGAUGCUGCGACCAGGGGUCUCAAGGUCGCAUUGGUCGAGCGGGACGACUUUGCUUCUGGUACCUCGUCGAAGUCUACCAAGCUCGUUCAUGGCGGCGUGCGGUACCUCCAAAAAGCCGUCAUGGAGCUUGACUACGAGCAGUACAAGCUGGUGAAGGAAGCUUUGCACGAGCGGAAGGUCUUCCUGGAGACUGCGCCUUACUUGAGCCAUAUGCUCCCCAUCAUGCUGCCGAUAUACAAGUAUUGGCAGGUCCCCUACUACUGGGUAGGGUGCAAGAUGUACGACAUUCUGGCAGGGAAGGAGAAUAUGGAAAGUUCGUACCUUAUGAGCAGAGGCAAGGCCCUCGAGACCUUCCCCAUGCUGAAGAGCCAGGGACUGGUUGGUGCAUUGGUUUACUACGAUGGCCAACAUAAUGACUCGCGAAUGAACAUGGCGCUGGUCAUGACCGCUGUGAAGCACGGAGCAACGGCUGCUAACUACGUGGAAGUGAUACAAUUGAGGAAGGACGAAAAGGGCCAGCUGUGCGGGGCACGGGUGAAGGACAAACUGACCGGUGAGGAGUGGGACGUCAAAGCUAGGGGCAUCGUGAAUGCCACAGGUCCUUUCUCCGACACUCUGCUCAAGCUUGACAACCCGUCCCACACGCCAAUCGUGCAGCCGUCCUCCGGCGUCCACAUCACCCUACCCAACUACUACUCGCCUCGCACCAUGGGGCUGCUCGAUCCCGCAACUUCAGACGGACGCGUGAUCUUCUUCCUGCCGUGGCAGGGUAACACCAUCGCGGGCACAACUGAUACUCCCUGCGAGGUCGAGAGCGAGCCCAGAGCGCAGGAGGAGGACAUCCGUUGGGUGCUCGAGGAGGUGCGGCAUUACCUCUCGCCCGACAUCAAGGUACGCCGUGGGGAUGUUCUGUCUGCAUGGUCGGGCCUCCGCCCGCUCGUGCGCAACCCGAAUGCGGCGAGCACGGAGGGGCUGGUCCGGAACCACAUGAUCCAUCUCAGUGACAGCGGCCUGCUCACGAUUGCGGGCGGCAAGUGGACCACGUACCGUGAGAUGGCUGAGGAGACGGUGGAUAAGGCAGUCGAGGCGUUCGGGCUCAAGGACCGGUGUAGGAACGGCUGUGUUACGGAGAAGGUCAGGCUCGUGGGCAGUGAUGGGUGGAGUAGGAAUAUGUUCAUUGGGCUGAUCCAGAGGUACGGCUUGGAGACGGACGUCGCCAAGCACCUGUCCGACGACUAUGGUGACCGGGCAUGGACUGUAUGCUCCCUAGCUGAGCCCACCGGUCAAGCGUGGCCCCUCCACGGAGUCCGGUUAGCCAGUCAAUACCCUUAUAUCGAGGCCGAGGUGCGCUACGCCUGCCGCAACGAGUACGCGCAGACCGCCGUGGAUGUGAUCGCUCGCCGGACCCGUCUGUCAUUCUUGAACGCCCAAGCUGCACUGCGUGCUCUCCCGAGAGUCAUCGAUAUCAUGACCGAGGAAUACGGCUGGAGCCACAGCCGCAGGAAGCAGGAGAUCGAGCGGGCGACGAAGUUCCUGAAUAGUAUGGGCAUCCCGCCUGAGACCCCUGCACCCCAAUUAAUUCCCCACGGCCUCAUCGAAAAGUCGGAGAACUUCCUGUGGUCACUGAGUAGCAUGGUGUUUGGCGGUCUUGGCUUAGGCAAGAAGCACGGCGCUGCGCCGGUUCUGUACAGCCGUGCUCAGUUCGAUGCUGGUGAAGUGGAGGCUCUGCGUGACGCUUUCAAGAGUCAUGCCAAAACCGUGGCUUCGCCUGACGGACAGACAGUCGAGCGGCUGAGGAAAGACCAGGUCAAGGAAUUGUUGAAGGACAUUCCCGGGUACGAAAACGCUAGCACGAAAGACUAUGACUAUGUCUUCGAAGAGGCCGGUUUCGCGCUCCGCCCAGAUCUGGACAUGGACGAGUUUUUAGAGGUGUGCGCUGAGCUGAAGGAGGUUACUGUCCCGCCUACGCCGGCGAUCAAAGCCGAGAGGAGGACAAUCCCUGUUGAGAAGAGCGGUGGAGGUGUAUAAGACCAGCUGAGAUAAUUUAUAGAUCUUGUCAUCAUCACGAUUGGUUCUCGUUCAUGCAUGUACAUAGUGCAAAUAUCCUGAAUAAUGGUACUUGCAUCCUAAAAAUCUACUGGUACAUUCUCUAAGCGUGCUAUCCAAGCGAGUUGACCGUGAAGACGUGUAUACCCAGCAAACGUACGUCGGACUCUGCGUUAUAACUUGGCUUUUGCUUUCGCCCUCUUCUCGUAUUCGUCUUGCAGCUGCCUUCUGAGCACCUUGCCCGUCGGCGACUUCGGAAUCGCGUCUACUAUUUGGAUCCCUCCCCGCAGCCAUUUAUACUUGCUCAGGUGCUCCUUCGUCCAGUCGUCCAGCGCGCGCACCACGUCUGCCUUGCUCCGCUUCCGCCCGGCUGAGCUCAGGACGACCCAUGCCCUCGGCACUUUCUCGUCAGACGUCCGCCCCCCGCUCACGCCCGCCACGGCUGCGUCCUUGAUCAGUUUGUCCGGCUGCGCCAUCAAGACUGACUCGAUCUCUGUGGGGGACACCUGCAUCCCAGAGACCUUGAGGAUGUCCUGGAACAGCCGCGAAAGUAAGCCGACAGGCUCCGGGUGUGGCUGGAGGCUGCGUACCUUUGCCCUGUCUUCGAAGCUACAGCAACGUUGGGUAUCAGCGCCCGGUCCACGGAGAACAACGAGACUGAGACUGCGCGCACAAGAACAUCCCGUCCUGGUCCACGCUGAACCGGUCGCCCGUCCUCAUCCAGCCGCCCUCGACGAACGCCUCCCUCGUCGCCUUCUCGUUCUGCCAGUACCCCCUGACGAUGUUCUCGCCCUUCAGCAGCAGCUCGCCCGGCUCGCCGACGCCCGCGUGCGUGCCGUCGUCGCGCAGGACGAGCGCCUCCAUGCCGGGCAGGAGGAUCCCCGCGGAGCCCACGCGCGGCCUGAACAGGCCGCCGGGGAGCUGCAGCUCCUGCGGGAGGUUGAUCGUCGCGGAGACUGUCUGGAAGGGGCGUUGCAGCGGACAGCCGGGCGGACACUGGAAGAUCUUACCGUUUCUGACAUGCCGUACCCUGGUCGGUGCGAUCGCACCUCAGCACGGAUAACCACAGCUGCCCGGGGACUCACCUUCGGCGACGCCCGUCGUGUUCGGUCCGAUGCGCGCGAGCUCUUCCGCUAGUCUCGGUGGUAAGUACGCCGCGCCGCUCCCGAAGGACACGAGCGAGCUCAGGUCGCUCUUCAGCCUCUUCUGUGCGUCGAGGAACGGCUGGACGACCGAUGGGACGAGGGAAAUAAAGGUGAUCUUGUACUUGGGUAUGAUGCGCAGCACGUGCUCGGCGUUCCACUUGGGCACGACGACGCACGUCGUCGGCGCGAGGAAGCAGCGGAAGUUGAACAUGUGCAGGCCGAAGGUGUGGUAGAACGGGAGGAACGCGAGGCUGACGGGGAUGCCCUCGGGCGUGGCGUACGUCGGCGGCGGAUAGACGGCGAAUACGGCCUCGGCGACCGCUUGGUAUUGGGCGAGCGCGCACACGAGGUUUCCGUGCGUGAUCAUCACAGCUUUGGGUAAGCCGGUCGUUCCGCUAGAGAAGACCAGGUACGCAAGGGUAUCCUUGACGGCAGGCCUUAUACUUGGUCGUGGUAUCUUUCGCUUUCUAGCAGUCACCACGAGGUCAUGGUACGAUCGCUUGCCUUUGGCGUGGCCCUCCAAGAUAUAUAUUUUAUCUUGAGGAAGCCCGACUUCUUUCGCGCACCGCUGAGCUAGGGACACCAGGUCGGGUGCCACAAAAAGGCACGUCGCUUUGGACAGCCGGAGAGCAUGCGUGAGCUCGUACGCGGUAGAGUAAAAGCUCAGGAGAGCGAACGGCGUUGUUAAGACGAGCAGAGAGUGUAUCAACGCAACGUAGUCCAGGCAGUUAUGGCUCAGGAUGCCGACCAUCUCGUCUCCGGCGCGGAGGCCGGCGCCGCCUUGCGCUGAGGGGGCGGACAGCGCGGCUGCUCCAUCCCUGGCCCUGUCGAGGAACUGUCGCAGCGUCCGUCUAUGCCCGGUCACAGAAUCGAUCUGCGCAGUGUACUCGGGCAAAUCCUUGUCAAACAGAUAACUGUGGACGUUGAUGUCGGGCAGCGGCGGGAGCGGCGCGAACUUGGGCUGG